UAUGCUACAAUUAAUUAGGGUAGGAAAGAGACAGUUAGUUUGUGUUCCUUCGUUUAAUUAUAAAUUAAGAAGGCCAGCCCCUAAGAUGUCAGAGUAUGAUAAAGAAAGGAUUGAAUAUAAACAUUUAAUGAAUUAGGUAGGAAAUUAAAGAUAUCAAAGUAUAGGUCAAGAAUCGUCAAGGACUUUUGGGAAGAAUAAACUAAAAUUGAAAAUUAAUAUAUAGAUGACUAUUUGGCAAAAGAAAAAGCAAAAUAAGAGAGACUUGAUAUUCAUAGAAGAAAUUAAACUGUAAUCUAAACAUUUAAUGCAACAUAAUAAUUCAAUAAGUUAUAAGACAUUAGAAGAGUUAGAAAUGAAAGAGUCAAAAAAUAUCUAGUUGAAUAAGACAUUAAAAAAAUGAAUAGGCAAUAAAUUAUUAGAGUAUUAAAUGAAGAAUCAAAAAAUUGGAUUUCUGAUAAAAAUUCAUAUGAAAAAUUAGUUGGAAAUCUAUUAAUUCCUGAUACUGUUUUAGAUGAAAUGUCAUAUUAUCAUGAUUUACAAGAAAAAGCUAUUCUUUAUGAAACAGCUUAAUAUGAUGAAAUUGAUAAGUAUAUAAUAUAUAUAUACAUUUAGAUUAAAUGAUCCAAAUAUCUAAUUAGAAUGGAAAAAUAGACUUGGUAUGCCAUUAUAUCAAAGAAUUGUGACUUUAAUCAAAUUCUUAAAAUAAGAUAAUCUCUUAGGGAAUUUAAAAUUUGAAUGGGAUACUUGUCAAGCAAUUAUUUUAACAGACAAAAAAUUAAGUGAAAAAGAAAUGGCUGAAUAAUUAGACAAAGUAAAUAGUGCAUUUUAAACUGUUAUUGCUUAAAAAAUAGAAGAACUUGAAACAAAUCCAGUAAAAAGAUUAGAAGAAAUGAAUAAAUAACUUAUAAGAUUAUAUAAUCUACUUGAAUUAUGGGAUAAAUAUAUUACAAUAGUAAAAAUGGAUAAUUCAACUGCUCAAUAAAUUAUGUAAGCUGCAAAAUCAUAAAUUAAUUUAUUUGAAUCAGAAGGUGGAAAAGAUUAUAUGAUCACUAAUGAUAAUAGUCUUAUUGAGAAAUUUGAUGGGAAGGAAACUCAAACUAAAGAUGAAAAAGACGAUAAAUAUAUCAGUGCUGAUGAAACACAUACAGAUAGUGAAGAUAUUGAUUUAGAAAAUCUAUAGAAAAAGAAAGAAACUAAAGAUAUUUAUGGUGGCAGAACUACAAAAUCAUAUGAAUUUGAUACAGAAAGAAUUAAGGAUAAAGAUUAAGAAUUUUCAAAAUUAGUUGAAGAAUUGUUUGCAAAAGCUGAAGCUAAAGCUAAAGAAGCCAACCUUGAAUUCGAAUCUAAUUAUAGAAAGAAUCCUCAUUUAAAAGUAUUUUAUAGUGACAACUUAAAUCCUCCUAAUGUACCUGAUGCUAAAUCAGUUUUUGAAGGAGUAGAUUUAGAAUAAUUAUUCCCCUCUGAAAUUCUCAAUGAUGAAACUAAGACUCCUUAUCUUGAUUUCAAAAAUGUUGAAGAUAUCGAAAAUCAUUAUUAUGAAUUAGUAAUAUCAUUAAAUUUAUAAUUGUUAGAAAGCUAUCUAUAGUCUUAGAAAACAAGGUGAAUAGAAUAUCCUUGUUAAUCCAGAUGUUUAAAAAUUUAAUACAACUAUCACUGCUCAAACUUACAAAUAAAUCUUAAAUAAUCUUGAGGUGCCACAAGAGUAUUCAAAAUUAAAAUAGGAUACUUAAAAAUUGGUUGAUGCAGUAGGAGAAAUUAAAGUCACUGAUGCUGAUUUCUUAUUGAAGAUUUGGAAUUAUUAUAAUUGAU